AAUUUGAAAGAAGAAAAAAGGGUUAUUUUGUUGUUCCGUUCCGAUGAAAUCGCAAGCAUUGCACAACUUGGAUUCCGGUGAUGAUGAGCAAGCAGCGGAGGAGGAGGAGGAGAAUGGGGAGGCGAAGAAGCCGUGGAUGCUGCGGUCGGAAAGGCAAACAGGCCAUGAUGGCAACUCGAGUUCGAAAAGGAAGCUAUGGAUUUCGCUGUUGAGGGAAGAAAUCGAGGAGGAUCUCUACGCUUUCACAGCGGCCAAGCCUUCCCGCCGUCCCAAAAAGUGGCCUAACAAUCUCAAGAAACAACUCGAUCGUGUAUUUCCUGGAUUGUCUUUGGUUGGAGUUUCACCCGACUCUUAUCUAUUGAGGAAGAUCCGGUGUUGAUACUUGAUAAACAAGGAUGACAGGGAUGGUGAAUUUAUACUGUACAUACUUAAUUUCUAAUCUUCAGUGGCUUAUUUUGGGCCUUAUCCAGAAUUAAGGGUUUAAGAGUUCUUAUGAUGUCUAAGAUUGAGACAUUUUUGUUAGACCGUAUUGGCACUCGGCUCUCAUCUUAACGUGUUCGUAAUAUACGUUUGUAUGCUUUCUCGCGCAAGUAUCUUUUCCUCUACUUACUAGUCCUUG